AUGAAUGCAGAGGCCAUCAGGAGUCGCAUCGUCGCGACCCUGUCUUCUGAUGCCAAUGUGCGGCGGGCUGCCGAGUUGGAACUGAAGCAGGCCGAACUCCACGCUGGCUUCUGCGAUGUGCUUCUCGACAUUCUUUCCAACGAGACCGAAGACGCGGUCAGGCUUUCAUCUGUCAUCUACUUAAAAAACCGAACGAAUCGAGCAUGGUCCAAAAGCGACCACUACCCCGAUGAGCCUCUGAUAGCCGAAGAUGAAAAGGAGAGAUUCCGUAACCGUAUACUGCCAAUCCUUGCCUCCUCGCAAGGUCCCGUUCGCCAGCAGCUGCUGCAGAUGAUCCAGCGCAUUUUGCAUUUUGACUUCCCCGGGAAGUGGCCCAACUUCCUCGACGUUACUCUGCAGCUGCUUCACGCCGACAACGCCCCCGCUGUCCUUGCCGGUCUGCAAUGUUUACUGGUCACAUGUCGCGCUUAUCGGUUCAAGGGCAACCAGGACCCGAGCAGAAACGAGUUCGACAAGAUUGUCGAGGCUAGCUUCCCCAGAUUAUUGCAAGUAUGCAACGAGUUGGUCAACCAGGACAGCGAGGAGGCUGGUGAGAUGCUUCACAUCGCUCUCAAGGCGUACAAACAUGCUACAUGGCUGGAGCUACCAAGCUUCCUCCGCCAGAGAGAUGCCAACAUUGGCUGGUGCGGAGUCUUCCUUCACACCAUCUCCAAGGCCGCUCCUGCUACAGCCAUGUCGGAAGAUCUCGACGAGCGAGAGAGGAACCACUGGUGGAAGGCUAAGAAGUGGGCAUAUUUCAACCUGAACCGACUCUGGAUCAGACACGGAAACGUCACGGCUGUCUCGACACAAAGCGACGAGCACAAGACCUUUGCGAAGGACUUCACAGCCACAGUGGCCCCUGAGAUCAUGAAGCAUUAUCUGCAAGAGGUCGAGAAGUGGGUUGCCAAGACCGCCUGGCUCAGCAAACCGUGUCUUUCUUACACAUUGGUCUUCCUUGACGAGUGUUGUAGGCCCAAGGAGAUGUGGACGCACCUGAAGCCGCAUUUGACCAACCUGGUUACUCACCUGGUCUUCCCCGUCCUGUGUCUUACCCAAGAGGAUAUCGAGAAGUUCGAGGACGAGCCCGAGGAGUACCUUCACCGGAAACUCAGCUUUUACGAAGAGGUUUCCUCGCCCGAUGUUGCUGCGACAAACUUCUUGGUCACGUUGACCAAGGUCAGGAGAAAGCAAACGUUCGAGCUAUUGCAGUUCAUUAACAGUGUAGUUAACGAAUACGAAGCUGCUGCUCCCGAGGCCAAGAACCACAUUGGCAAGGAAGGCGCCUUGCGCAUGAUUGGCACAUUGGCACCCGUUCUGCUUGGAAAGAAGAGUCCUAUCGCUGAUCAGGUCGAGUACUUCUUGGUGCGAUAUGUCUUCCCUGACUUCAAGAGCCCCCAGGGUUACCUUAGAGCUCGUGCUUGUGACACCAUCGAGAAGUUUGAGCAGCUCAAUUUCAAGGACCAAAACAACCUGCUCGUCAUCUACCGUCACAUCCUGGACUGUAUGGCUGAUACUGAUCUACCCGUCCGUGUCACUGCAGCUCUUGCUCUACAGCCUCUCAUUAGACAUGAUGCUAUCCGUAUUAGCAUGCAACAAAGCAUUCCUACCAUUAUGCAACAACUACUCAAGCUCGCUAACGAGUGCGACAUCGACGCUCUCGCCAACGUCAUGGAAGACUUUGUCGAGGUGUUUGCCGCCGAACUCACACCCUUCGCCGUAGCUCUUAGCGAGCAGCUACGUGACACCUACCUUCGUAUCGUUAGAGAGCUUCUCGACAAGAACGCCGCUAAGGGCGACGACGGUGAUGACUAUGGUGAUUACUUGGACGACAAGAGCAUAACUGCUCUUGGCGUCCUGCAAACCAUUGGUACACUUAUCUUAACGCUAGAGAGCACCCCCGAUGUUCUUCUGCACAUCGAAGCAGUCCUUAUGCCCGUCAUCCAAAUCACAUUAGAGAACAAGCUUUACGAUCUUUAUAAUGAAGUAUUCGAAAUCAUCGACUCGUGCACUUUCGCUGCCAAGAGUAUCUCAGCUACCAUGUGGCAAGCUUUCGAGCUGAUUCAUCGCACUUUCAAAUCUGGUGCUGAGCUCUACCUUGAGGAUAUGCUACCUGCGCUCGACAACUUUGUGCAAUAUGGUGCUCCCCACCUUGCACAAAAGCCUGAAUAUGUCAAUGCACUUUACAGCAUGGUCUCAGACUUGUUUGAAGACCCCAAGGUUGGCGGGGUGGACCGGAUCUGUGCGUGCAAACUGGCGGAGGCCAUUAUGCUUAGCCUUCGUGGCCAUAUUGACCAGUGCGUCACUGGCUUCAUUUCCAUGGCUAUGACGGUCCUCAACGGACAGGACGUCAGAGUCAAGUCAUACAAGAUUCACCUCAUGGAGAUGGUUAUCAACGCCAUCUACUACAACCCGGUGCUUGCGCUCCAUGUUCUUGAAACCAAUGGCUGGACGAAUAAGUUCUUCAGUCUAUGGUUUGGUAACAUGGAUGCUUUCACUCGAGUCCACGACAAGAAGCUCUGCAUCGUUGCCAUUGUCGCACUCCUUCACCUCAACCCCGACCAGAUUCCUCAAAGUGUGCAGACCGGCUGGCCAAGGCUUCUUCAGGGUGUGACAAUUCUCUUUAGGACGUUGCCAAGUGCUAUGAAGAACCGCGACGAUGCCUUGAAGGACGACUAUACCUACGACGCUGCCAGCUAUGACUUCGACGACGAAGAUGAGUGGGCUGAGGAUGAGCUCAACUGGCAGGUUGAAGAAAAGACUGAAGAAGAGCCUCAAGAAGGUCGCGAUGAAAGUACUGCCUAUCUGGAGUUCUUAAACGAGGAAGCCGCCAAAUUCAGUCGUCUGGAGAACCAGUACAGAGACGCAGAAGACUCUGAUGACGAUCUCGGCGAAGACAGUGUUCUUCUUGAAUCUCCAUUGGAUAAGCUCGAACCUUACCAGCUAUUUAGAAAUGCCUUGAUGAAGGUUCAGCAAGAGCAACCCCAGCUUUACAGUACCCUCACCGCACCACUGACUGCCGAUGACCAGGCUGUCAUCCAGAGCGCAAUCCAGCAGGCCGAGGUCAAUACGCAAGCCGCAAUUCAGCUCGCAGCCCAAGCGGCACAAAAUCCUCAGGGAGUUCCGACUACUGCCGGAGGCACAAACUAG